AUGACUCGUUCAUCAUCUUCUUCUAGUAGUAAUUGUAGUCAUUUGUUCGUUCGUCACGGAAUCUGCUUCACCUGUAAAACGAAGGUCAGCUACGUCGAAGGUCGAGCAUUCGAUUAUCUUUUCUCCGGUUUACGCCUAAGCCACGAAGCUGUAUCCUUUACAAAGCAACUCACAACCCUAGUCUCAGUCUACGGACACAAGAAGCUUCACUUAUUAGUCCUUGACUUGGACCACACGCUAAUCCACUCCAUGAAGACUUUAAAUCUUUCCAACGCAGAGAAGUAUCUAAUCAAAGAAGAGAAAUCAGGUUCAAGGAAAGAUCUGCGAAAAUAUAACGAUAGAUUAGUUAAGUUUCGACCUUUUGUUGAAGAGUUCCUUAAAGAAGCCAACAAGCUUUUUACAAUGACUGCUUACACAAGGGGAGGUUCGACUUACGCUAAAGCUGUUGUGAGGAUGCUUGAUCCAAACAAAAUCUAUUUCGGGGAUCGAAUAAUAACCAGAAAAGAGAGUCCUGACUUAAAAACACUUGAUCUUGUCUUAGCUGAUGAGCGUGGAAUCGUGAUUGUGGAUAAUAAUAUCAUAAUUUUUAACAAGAACUGACUUUCAACUUACACUACCCAAUAUCCUUAAUCAAAAGUUCUUUAAAAAAAAACAUCCCAUUUCCUUGAGCGAAACUUGUUGGAGAUCACAAGCUACUUCUAUUUCAAAAACGAUCACAGAAACAUCAUGAGGUCAAGACUAUCGUACGCAGAGAGGAAGACUGACGAGAGUAGAACCAAAAGAGCAUUGGUGAAACUUCUCAAAUUCCUCAAGGAAGUUCAUAAUGGAUUCUUUACCUGUGGACUUGAAGAACAGUUGGAUAUCAAGGACGUUAGGUACUUGAUAAAGGGUCCCCUUAAACCACAUGGAUGUUAAAUCUUGGAAUUUGUUUUCCA